AUGGAAACCCAUGCCAAACCCAAUUUUUCGAGUAUCGCACGAGCGUUAUUGUUGAAAAAAGCCAAUGAAGAUGUUCAGAAGACGGUGAAAAUUGAGGUUGUGGAAGAAGAAAGUAAGGCUGAACGAAUAUCAGACGGCCCUAAACAGUGUCAAACUGAUUGUCAAGCGUUGAGUGAUGUAGGACGUCGAUCAGAGGAGGUCAACGAUAAAUGCGGAUGUGUUUCCCUGGUCAGCGCGUAUAAAUCAGUACGAUUGGCAAACAAUUGUAAUGUUCAUACUCAAGAUCAGACUACUCCCUUGCGUUCCUUAUUAGCUCAAUCUCGCCGUUCCAACGAAAGGAGGCCGUUAUGUGAUGAUCCGAACAGCAUUCCUCCCUCCACUGCAUCGACAUCUCAUGAUAUUUCGAUCUGCGAUGGAUUCUAUAGCCGUGUUCGUUGUCUUACAGCAAAGACGCUGUCGCAGCGAUUACACGAAAACGGCAAAAGUGAAAGACCAAAAUAUGGUCGCAAAGGGCAAGCCUUAAUGAUUCGAGUGCGGAUGUUCUUCGACGAAUUGAAAGCGUUUUUGGGUCCCACCUGCAAAGGAACGCUAUUCGACUCACCUACUGCAUUGACUGCAGCAGCCUGUGGUGUGUCGAGGAGUACCGUUAUUCGUAUUGGGAACAGCUUACAGGAAUUGAAUUCUUUCCCACGGGAACGCAAAAAGGGUCCACGUAGCCGAAGGGAUGAUAGGUUGGCUGCAUUGAAGAACCACGGCCAAAAGUGGGGCGAUAUCGUCCGCCAGCACAUACGCCGUAAGCUGAAGCAGAAAGCAGACCUCAGAAUGACAACACUGCAUCGUGAAUUGACGACGGCUCAUCUGGGUUUCGAACUUUCCAAGACUACUCUCUAUCGACUCGUCAGGGCGCUUGGGUUUUCCUAUAAGUUCGAUAACGGUAAACGAUAUAUCUAUGAGCGCUGCGUGGAUAAAAGCCCACCAGAUGAGGUUGUAAGUAAUAGCGAUAGUGAAAGCGAAGAGGAUGAAAGUGAUGAAGUCGAUGAUUGCGAUGACGAUGAGCUCAUGGAUGAAGACGGUGGCGAGGAACCAUGGAUGCUGGAAAGUAUGGACAAAAACAAGGAAGACGACGAUACGUCAUGCUAUGUUUUUCGUCUUGCAAAGUCGACUAAAGAAAGCGUAGGUGAUGAUGGAACUACGGGUGAUUAG